AUGCGUUCCUUUUCCUCCAUUCCCUUCCUCACACUCUUCGCUGCCAUAACGCAGCCAGCCUGCUCGCAAAUAGUCACAGCCUUGCCAUACGACAUUGCACUCGAGCAACGUGCCUGCGCCAACCCAUGCGGUUACUACGCACAGCUAUGCUGCACUUCCUCACAAACAUGUAUAACAAACAACCUCGGCCAGGCCGAAUGUUCUAAUGGAGGUGGUAACUCUGGCUCGGGAUCAUGGCAGUACUUCACCACCACAUACACGCAAACAGAUCUUUCGACAGUCACGUCUGUCUACAGCAGCUAUGUCACUACUCCACCCACCGCGACGACUACCUGCGCAGUGUCCCUGGGCCAAUCUACCUGUGGCACAACCUGCUGUAGUGCCUCUGAGACAUGCGAGAACGGCGUGUGUGUGGCUGGAGCUUCGUCAGAAGAGGCUCCAACAGGCACCGCGACACCAGCUCUUCGUCCAACGAGCAGUGGUGCAGAGACCAUCACGGCGACUCAAUCGGCCACCACGACUGUGGCGUUUAUUGCCCCGGUGUCGACGAAUGGUACUACAGUCAUUUCUGAAGCGGACCACGGCGGUGGUCUCAGCGGCGGCGCUAUUGCUGGAAUUGUCAUUGGUGUAAUUGCGGGUGUAUUCCUGCUGAUUCUGCUAUGUGCUUGUUUGUGUGUUCGAGGUGCUAUUGAUGGAUUGCUCGCGCUUCUUGGUCUUCGACCCCGACGACGCAAGGAAACUACCUAUGUCGAGGAACGCAUUUCUCACCAUUCCCACGGCGAAGCGCCACCCCCGCGACGGACGUGGUUCGGUACUCGCCCGUCUCGUCCGCCGCGGACGGAUGAUAAUGGUAAAUCUGGCCUGGGUUGGCUCGGAUGGUUUGCCAUUAUUGCUGGAGCGCUUGCAUUGUGUCUGGGACUUCGGAGACGGAAACACGAAGAUGAGAAGAGCGAGUAUAGCUAUGGUCCUGGAAGUUCAUAUUAUUAUUACAGUGACUAUUACAGCGGAAGUAGCGAACAAUCAGAUGACCGACAGACGCGACAUACUCGCGACUCGAGAAGAUCUCGAUCCCAACGGUGAUAGACACGCUGCAUUCCACUGCAUGUUACGCUCAUAUAUAUCUCGCAUGAAGGCGUUAUGAUGUUUUUCCUUUCCUCCGGAUUGUCGACCUGGAAGUGCUCCUGAAGAUUUUCCUGGUUUUUUCCUUCAGACUUUUCCUCUCAUGUUGCCAAUGACUGAUGUAAAUAUUGAAUGAUCAAAAGGGUAUGAAUUGAUGUAUGCUAG